AUUCCUCUCGCUUUUUUCACCCACAGCGACGGGAAAUCUGCACGACCCUGUCCUCUUGGGUACGACAUGUGUUAACAAAGGAAUUCGAGAUGCUGCAUACCUCCUUCCCCAGCACCUCUCUGCUCGUCGAACUUCCCAGGCUGGAAAACUACCUCAGAUGUUUCCGCACAGUCGAGAACUGCUAUGAACUUCGCAAGCCUUUUGAACACGAGUUGUCAACCCAGGGCCUGCCAGCUUGCGUCACCGACUUGCUCUUGGCUGCCCUCAGCAAGCACGUCGACACCUGGAUCGACGCCUUAUACAAGGAGGAGCUAAAGAGUCCCCCCAGCGCCCCCGACCCCAGGGAAGUCGUGGUGGAGGUUCCUACCGAGUGGCAAGUGUGGCAGGAAUCCCUCCGGAGAGCUGGAUUCCUCACCAACCCGAUCCUCAGUUUCCUGGCCAUCUCGUUGCACACGUAUCAGCCCAUUCUCAUGAUCGAGAUGGGAGUCGACUACCUGUACCUGGUGAUGCCGAAGCUCCUGACGGCGGCGCAGAUGCUGGUCAAACCCCUCCUGGACUUCGACGUGGACGAGGGCCUCCCGCUACAGCAGAAGGAGGAGGUCCUGCCCGGCGCCCUCAAAGCUGCGUGGAUGCUGUGCGAUCACCUGAGCGAGAUUAAUAAGCUGACCGUGAAGAGCGACCUGCCGCAGCACCUGAUCCCGCAGGAGUACCGCCACAGCUUCUCGAGCGGCCUGACCCACUGGCUGGCCCUGAGCAAGCACCUGGCCUUCGGGGAGCUGGAGCGCGAGGUGGCCCUGGACGAGUUCGUGGCGCUGGAGGACAUGGAGGGGUUCAGCCAGAGCGCCGUGGGCGUGGUGGACCUCCUGAGGGCGCUGAUGAAGCGCCUGUCGUCCGUCAGUUGGCCAGGAGGCGUCGGGCCAAGUGUGGAGACCAUGGACACCAUCGCUGGCCAUUUGCUGGAGCUCGUGUUGCAGUAUAAGGCCAAAGUGACCGACGCUUAUAACAUACGAGGAGGUUGCACUGAUAAGAUUUCUGUUGAGGUGUGUGUAGUGGUAAGAAACGUAGAGCAUGUCUGUGACGAAACGAGGAAGCAUCUCCUUCAGCUGUCCAGUAUGUGCGUGGAUCCCGAAGGGCGGCAGAAAAGCCUGGAUUUGACGGAGAGGAGCAAGCAACUCCAGUCCUAUAUUGACGAUAGCGCUGAGGAAUUGUUGAAGACGUGCCUCCCUCACCUGGAGCAGAUCCUGGAGAGGGGCGUGACGAGAGGAGGCCCCGAGAGCGUGCAGAAGGGGCUGGAGGAGGCGCUGUUCCCCGUCGAAGACCGCCUUUACUUCGCCGAGCCGCUGCUGCACGAGCUGUGGGUCCGGCUGUUCCGCCACGCUAUGCUGCUCAAGGAAGUCUACGUGAAGAGCGGAUGGCGAGAGAGACUCCGGAAGCUGCGUGAGGUGCUGACGAAGGCGCACACUUUCCUGACUGAUCAACAGGGCGUCGGAUUUCACCUGACGCAGGCGGCUACUACAGACUACGAGACGCUACAAGAGGACCUGAAGAUCCUCGGAGCGACGUCGGAGGAACUGGUGGCCCUCUACUACCACGAGCGACUCCGGCAGCAGGAGCGGGAGUCGUCCAGUGCCACUGCGCCUUUCAUAGUCGUUAACCUAGCCUUCGUGGAGACGGGUCUGCGCGUGCACGUGAUCCAGGCGCCGGGGCAGCAUCGAGGGGUGUUGGUCAAAGCGAGAGUCGAACCCAAGUACUGGUUCGCCAAGAGUGAACCCCAGAAAACCACUUUGGUGAAGGAGGACCCGGCUGUGUUCGACCAGGUUCUGGAGUUCCCUGAGGUUCUUGAGGACGUGCACGAUGCAGAGCAAGGCGGAGUCCUCACGUUGCAACUGAGGACGCCGAAGAUCAUUGGCAACAGCGUGGUUCACAGCGAGGCCAUCGUGCCCCUGAAGAACAUCCCUAGGACGUCGACGGAGGCCCUGAGCGGCACGAAGCACGUUCGACUCACGCUUACGAGGCCCUGGAAACUUAACAGCUACAGGCCCCUGGAGGCUCUGAGGACCCGCGCCCUGGACAAGGUGGCCGUGGCGAGCCUGAAGGACCUGGCGGAGCGGUGGGAGCCCGGCGACCGCUCCAGCCAGAUCCAGGAGACGCAGAAGAUCCGCGCCACCUUCGCCCGCGCCGGCAGCAUGAAGUCCCCGAGCGCCGCCGCGGGGAAGGGCGCUCGGAGGCACCACGGCGGCAGUAUGAGACUGGGCUCCGUCAAGUAGGGUCCUUUUGGGGGGGUCCGGGAGGCUGAGUUCCUUUGGGGCUCAGCGGGAUUGAGUUCCUUUGGGGCUCUGCGGGAUUGAGUUCCUUUGGGGCUCUGCGGGAUUGAGUUCCUUUGGGGCUCUGCGGGAUUGAGUUCCUUUGGGGCUCUGCGGGAUUGAGUUCCUUUGGGGCUCUGCGGGAUUGAGUUCCUUUGGGGCUCUGCGGGAUUGAGUUCCUUUGGGGCUGUGUUUUGGGGUUUCAUUGGUCAUCUCCGGGGAAUUGGGUCUCAUUGAGGUCCGAAUAUGAUCCUCCCUUUAGACUCCCUUUAAAAUUCCCUUGGGCUCCGUGGACUCAAAUCCCUUAUUGGGCUUCAGGCAAUAGAAUCCCUUUAGCCUGAUUGUGUUCCUUAGAAUGGGAUCCCCUUUUGUAAAAAAAAUAUAUAUAUAUAUAAAAAUAGUGCCUUCCAUUUCAUACCUUGGGAAAUCCUUAGACUAAAUGAAGGCGAGAUAGGAAUCCUCAGGACCAAGGCCACAGCUGAGAUCCGUGAAAUAGGAUAUUAUUCACGGAGGUUUCAGUCACGAGUGAAGGAUUCCAGGACCUUUAGACACCGACGCAGAUGGAAGAGGCCUAUUCCGUAACGAGAAGGACCUUAGGGGCGUGUCGGUCACAAGGAGAAUAGUCAGUAAAGUGCCAAUUUUUUCAUUACAAAUCUAAGGUUUAUGUUACCUGUAGAUACAUUUAAAACUUGCCGGUCAUAUGGAUAAUCUACAGUGUAAGAAUCAAAGUAAUAUAUAUAUAUAUAUAUAUAUAUAUAUAUAUAUAUAUAUAUAUAUAUAUAUAUAUAUAUAUAUAUAUGUAUGUAUGUAUGUAUGUAUGUAUAUGUAUAUGUAUAUAUAUUUAUAUAUAUUUAUUACAUAUUAAGAUUAUGGACUGUGUGUCCAACUUGGGCAUUUUAGGCUACAUAGCAGAGUGUAGCAAAGGGGUUGCUACGUAAAUGUUGGACUUGUGUUAGCAUUGUAAGGUGGGUUCUGUCAAAGGAAAAAAAAACAUAUUUUGAAUGUGGACUUGUUUCGUAAAUAUGUAUUUAACCCCGUUUGAAAUAUCUCAGUUUGCCAUGUUCAUAGUAUUGAGGAUUUAUGGGGACUUUCCAUUUUCAUUCUCAAGGGGAUGCUGAAGUAUAUACCUUGACACACAGAUAGGUGUGUGUGUGUGUGUGUCCAUAUAUAUAUACAUAUAUAUAUAUAUAUAUAUAUAUAUAUAUAUAUAUAUAUAUAUAUAUAUAUAUAUAUAUAUAUAUAUGUAUAUAUAUAUAUAUAUAUAUAUACGUGAAUUCACACAAUAUUACAAAUAUGAUUAAUCUACCAUAAUCAUCUGCAUUAUUAUAUUUCAUGAAACAAAUGAAGAGCGUUUAUCGUCUUGUUACUGUUGUUCAUUUCUGUUGUGCGACUGAUCUGUGAUACUCCGCUGAUGGGCUGAAAAGGGAAGACAAAUAUUGCAUGUUAUAAAGAAUGAUGCUUUCUGCCGUUGCUGUCUGUCGGCAAGUGUUUGUUUGUACAUAAGAUCCUUUCGUUUCUUUCCUUGAAUGAUCAAUAAAUGUUUUGGUCUUGCAUGA